AUGAGGUCCAAGGAGUGGGAAAUCACUCGCCGCUUACGAGAUAUUUCGGCUCAAAAAUCCAAGCUUCGUCUAGAAAAGGUGGCUGCGAUAACCAACUCUGCUUGGGGAAGGCCAGUCACUGCAUCUCUAGGACAUGAACCUCAGGUCUAUGGCAGGGGGACAGAAAAAGAUAUUAUAAUUGACAUGCUGCUUAGGAAUGAACCCACUAAAACCAAUUUUUCUGUAGUUUCCAUCGUGGCCCUGGGUGGAAUGGGCAAGACCACACUGGCAAGACUGGUGUACGAUGACGAUAAGACCAUAACCGAGCAUGUUCAUAAAAAAGCCUGGGUUUGUGUCUUAGAUCAGUUCGAUGCAGUGAGAAUAACAAAGACAAUUCUCAACUCGGUGACUAAUUCUGAAUGCAGUGAUUCACAAGACUUGCAUCAAAUCCAAGAAAAUUUGAGGAAGGAAUUGAAGGGAAAAAAAUUUCUGAUAGUUUUGGAUGAUUUGUGGAAUGAUGAUUACUUUGAGUUGGACAGGCUAUGCUCCCCUUUCUGGGUGGGAGCACAGGGAAGCAAAAUUCUAGUCACAACUCGCAAUAAUGAUGUUGCAAACAAGAUGAGAGGACACAAGAACUUACAUGAGCUCAAACAGUUACCUUAUGAUGAUUGUUUGAAGAUAUUUCAAACACAUGCUUUUGAACAUAUGAAUAUCGAUGAGCACCCAAAUUUGGAAUCAAUUGGCAGGAGAAUUGUAGAGAAGUGUAGAGGUUCGCCCUUAGCAGCAAGAGCCCUUGGUGGCCUUUUGCGCUCUGAACUACGUGAGUGUGAAUGGGAAAGAGUAUUGUACAGCAAAGUAUGGGAUUUCACAGACAACGAAUGUGACAUCAUCCCUGCCUUGAGAUUGAGCUACUAUCAUCUGUCUUCACAUUUAAAGAGGUGUUUUACUUAUUGCGCAAUUUUCCCCCAAGAUUAUGAGUUUACAAAGCAAGGGUUAAUCCUCUUGUGGAUGGCGGAGGGGUUAAUUCAACAAUCAAAAGAUAAUAGGAAAAUGGAAGAUCUUGGUGAUAAGUAUUUUGAUGAGCUAUUGUCAAGUGAAUCAGGUAGUAUUUUGCAUACGCUAAUCAAGGAGCGACACUUGGAAGAAUCUUCAGAGAGGGCAGCAUCUUUCUGUUAUGAGGAGCGUAUGAGAGAGAGGGAGGUGGCUGACAGAAGCAGAGGGAGGGGAGUAGCAGAGAGAUAUUUUGGGAGGGAGGAUUCCGGAGCUUGGGGAGAAGCUGGAGGCAGAGGGGGAGCGGAUUCUGCUACCUACGAGGGGGAGUUCUUUGGAGUAUUUUUCCUGAGAUUAGGAGGGAAGGCUUUACAUGUAAGAGGCUUUCAUGGCCGUUGGGUUCUUGUGAAUGAAGAUUUUGGUUCCCAAGAAGCCAUUGUUUACCCUGGACUUGCACUCUACCAGGCAACUGCUGGCUAUGUUGGCCCUACGCUACACUGA